UACAGUAGCAUGACCCGCGAUCCAAUCCAAUCCGGGAAAAAUAAAAAAAUGGCGGAAUCUGACGAGCGCGAGAAACCCGUGGGCAAGGUGUACGAGUUUAACCCCACAUGCCGCAUAGAGGCGACGGUCGUGACGGGUCUUGAGCACAUCGCCAAGGACGAAUGUUGGAGCAAACUCGGCGCCCAACCUGAAACCGCCAGAGGCCGGAUAUUUUUCGAGCUGCCGGUCGACCGAGUCGGCGAGGUGUGGAAGUUGCAGGGCAUUGACAACUUGUUUGUGGUCCUAGACACCUUCAAGGACAAUCCCCUGCCAGCUAGUAAGGAUGACCUGACGCCUGCGCUUACCUCACUGGUGGACAAGGUACACUGGGUCACGGGCCUGGAGGUGUGGCGCCGUCUGGUGGGUGGCGUCGACAAGUUCUCUCUGGAGGACUUCUUCCGGCAGCGGGACGGCGGGGGCGAGGGGGACCCGGAGCGGCGACCCAAGUUUCGGGUGACGUGCAACAGGGCGGGGCAGGCGCACAAGUUCACGUCGAUGGAGGCGGCGGCCAUCUUCGGGGGCGCCGUGAACGACGCCUUCCACUGGGGCGUGGACAUGAAGCACUUCGACCUCGAGGUGGUGCUCAACAUCGGCGAGGAGGCGGUCUACGUCUGCCUGGGGCUCACCAGGGGCAGCCUGCAUCACCGCAACCUGGACCAGUUCGGGCCGACCAGCCUGCGCUGCACCAUCGCAUACAACAUGCUCCGGCUAUGCGACCUGCGGCCUGGGGACGUCGUCUGCGACCCCAUGUGUGGCGGAGGGUCCAUUCCCAUCGAGGCAGCCAUCAACUGGCCAGACACAAUCACACUGUGUGGCGACAACCACGAGCUGGCUGUGCAGAGGACUUCGGCUAAUCUGGUGGCCCUGAACGACAAGCGAACCGCCAGCGACGAGAAAACGGGCAACCUCCCAGCUGACCUGCUCCGCUGGGACGUCAACCGGCUGCCGCUCCGCAACGGCUCGGUGGACAUCUUCGUGACGGACCUCCCUUUCGGGAAGCGCAUGGGCUCGCGGCCAGACAACAGGACCCUGUACCCAAAGCUUCUGGCAGAACUGGGACGCGUGGCCCGUCCCAGGACGGGCAAGGCUGUCCUGCUCACUCAGGACAAGAAGACCCUCUCUGUGGCCGUCGGACGCACGGGCAGGCUGUGGCGCCAGUCGCGCGUCUACGGAGUCAACGUCGGAGGGCUCGCAGCGGGGAUCUUCGUACUGCGUCGAACGGACGCCGCGGUGUAACGAAGCCCGUUACACCUCGGUUACACCACACCCACCGUCCCAUCAGCGUGACACCGCCCGGAAAUCAUCACAUUACUUUCGGGAUUGCUUUUGUAAGUCGGCGAGUGGCCGGGUUUAAGUUGUUUGCACAAUAAAAGUCAUUGCACCUUGUU